CACCAGCGGCUAGCGGUCAGUGCCCUCCUCAUGUUACAGUAGUAGUGAAAAGCUACACCUUCAUUGCCUGCACUAAGUACUACAUCGACUUACAUCAGGAAGGCUGAUUUCCUCGUUCUUCUCAGCAGCCUGAGAUUGGCAUCUUCGUAUGCGACAAUAGCGACAGCGUUGGUGUGUACAUGCAGCCUCCAGACGCGAUCCCCUCUAUAACGGCCCUCUACGAUGCUGUUGAAACUGCCUCGGUAUCAUACACUCUUCCUUCGUCAAUUAUGACGACCACCACAAGCCUUCUCUUCAGCAUAGCGACAGCUGCUGCGACAGCUGGUCAGGACUUUACAAUCCCACAAGGCGUAGGCAUACCAUCGCUUGCCACAUCACCGAGCGACUCCGACGAUGAAAGCAGUGGCGAAUGCAAGCUACUCGGACCGUUCGCUAUCUUGGUUCAAACAGCGCUCGGUCUUCUCGCAUUAUCAUCCUUAGUGUUCAAGAGAUGGAGGGAGAGACCACAACGACCACUCAAGGUCUGGAGUUUUGACGUGUCCAAGCAAGUUGUGGGAUCAAUUCUCCUGCACUUGGCCAAUCUAUUGAUGUCCAUGAUCUCGUCUGGACAAUUCGACGAUUUAGCGAAGGCAGCAGCAACCACCUUGAUGGCCGAUGCUAGCGUCGAUUACCAACCGAAUCCUUGCUCUUUCUACCUGCUCAAUCUGGCUAUCGACACGACGCUUGGAAUACCAAUCCUGAUUUGUACCCUCAAGGUUCUUACUAUCGGAGCAAGUUAUACACCUCUCGCGAUCCCGCCAGAAUCAAUCGAGUCCGGACACUAUGGAACCCCGCCCAAGGCCGGCUGGUGGCUCAAGCAGUGUCUGAUCUACUUUGUGGGCCUUUUGGGUAUGAAAGCUUGCGUUUUUCUCAUAUUCCAUCUCUGCCCAUGGCUAGGACGGGUAGGGGACUGGGCGCUGCGAUGGACGGAGGGCAACGAGGCACUUCAGAUUGCAUUCGUCAUGCUUAUUUUCCCGUUGAUUAUGAAUGCGCUGCAAUACUACAUCAUCGACACAUUCAUCAAGGACAACAAGAAGGAAGCGGACUCAGACGAGCAGGCAGAACACGGGGAAGCAGAAGAGCAUGGAAGUCUGCUGGCGGAGGAAGUUGAGGGGUCCGGUUCGUCGAUCGACGCAGACGAGGACAAAGCUUCGACGACAAAGCCCAAAUUACAGUCCAACAUCGAUCAUACCGAACCCGACAAAGAUGCUUCAGCUGAUCGGAUUGAUGGAAGCAGUAGCCUUCUGGAACACGCGGAGGAAGAAGGCAUUGAACACAGACCACGCAUAUGAACAUCGAAAUGAAAUUGAGUUGUGCCAUAAGUUAGCGGUAGCGUUAUAUUGUAUUUGACAUGUUUAUAUUGUGGCUACUUUUCGGCCCAUCUGGGUUUUUCUAUAGCGUACAAGUCACUUACAUACGACGUCCAG